AAAUUCAUCGACCACUCUCUAGCCAUAACUAAUUUAUAUAUAAUAAAUAAUUGAAAAAAAGUACUAUAUAAACACACUAUAUAGAAACAAAUAAUAUAAACAUUAGCUUAAAUUUAGUACAAGGUAGAAAAUUAAGAAAGCAAUAAAUUAGUGGCAACUUCAUCAAUGGCCGGAAAUGUAAUGGAAGAUGAAGAAAAUGUGUACACUGGCUCUGGCAGAAGAGUUCAACCUUUCUCCACAGAAAGAGGAGAAGAGUCAUGGAUUAAUGUUGAUGAGGAAAGUAAGAAGCAGUCCAACUCUACCACCCUUAGUGGUCUAUUGGGUUUAAACGAGUUAGUCUCCUUGGAGGUUUGGAGAGCAUCAUUGGCAGAGCUUAUAGGCACUGCAUUGUUGGUGUUUUCACUUGAUACCAUUGUGAUAUCUUCAUUUGAGUCCAAAGCAAGCUCACCAAAUCUUGUCAUGGCCAUCCUAAUCGCCAUAAUUGUCACAAUUCUCCUUCUUGCUACCCACCCCGUCUCUGGUGGCCACAUCAACCCCGUUAUCACAUUUUCCGCCGCACUCGUUGGCAUCAUCUCCUUUUCACGUGCAACCAUUUACAUUUUGGCUCAGUGUGUUGGAGCCAUGUUAGGUGCAUUAGCACUAAAAGCUGUGGUCAACAACACUAUUGAGGAAACAUUCUCAUUAGGUGGAUGCACCCUCACAGUUGUUGCACCAGGGCCUAAUGGGCCCAUUGUGGUAGGCUUAGGGAUGGAGCAAGCUCUAUGGCUAGAGAUUCUUUGUUCCUUUGUGUUUCUUUGGGCUUCAGUAUGGAUGGCCUUUGAUCGUCGCCAGGCCCAAGACCUUGGAAAAGUGGUAGUCUUUACAAUUAUUGGGUUGGUAGUGGGCCUGCUUGUUUUUAUUUCGACAACCGUGACUGGUGCUAAAGGCUAUGCUGGGGCUGGAAUGAACCCAGCUAGGUGCUUGGGUGCAGCUUUGGUGCGCGGGGGCCACCUCUGGUAUGGGCACUGGGUGUUUUGGGUUGGACCCUCUAUUUCUUGUGUAGCAUUUUACUUAUACACCAAGCUCAUUCCACAUAAUCAUUUUCAUCACUCAGACGGAUUUAAGCACGAUUUCUUUAAAAUUGUGAAAUAUAUAUUUAAAUAAUUUCAGGGGAAGGUUAUAUGUACUAGAAAACAACAAAUAAUUUAUAUAUGUUGGAGAAGAAGAAUUCGAACUUGGGGUCUCAUCUUUGUAAGGAAUUACUAAAUUGUGUCUAUAACCACAAAUAAUAUUUCUACUUGAUAGGAAGGAAAAAAAAAGGUUAAAGUGAAAAAAAAUGUCAUUUGUAAAAAAAUAAAAUUAUUGAUGGGUAAUUGUGUUGGCUGUAAGAGGAAGGAGCAAGGGAAUGAUAAUAUUUAUUCGAACUGUUACCAUUAUU